CCCCUCAUUCCACCAAUCAGAGCACAACACCGCAGUGCACGUCAGCACUGGCGGAGGUUGUUCCGGAAGUGGCUAAUGAAUGAUUAGCUGAAGUCGACAUUUUGUGUACUUUGUUAAGCUCUGAUACAAUAUUUCGGUUUAUCCAAACCAGAAAAACCAUAUUGUCUGUCUUCAUCGUCCUUCAUACACUGAUCCUCAUGAGCUGCACACACCUGCUGCUGAGCCUGGCCCUGGCCCUGACCCUGAGCCUGACUGUGGGCUCAGCUGGGGCUGUGGAGGUCCAGAGGCCUCGGGGAGUUCCACUGUCCAGACGAAACUUCUAUGACGAGAACAGCCCGUUCACUUGUCUGGAUGGCUCCCGUACCAUUUCUUUUGACCGAGUGAAUGACGAUUACUGCGACUGCAAAGAUGGCUCUGAUGAACCAGGCACUGCUGCUUGUCCCAACGGGAGCUUCUACUGCACUAAUGCCGGCUACCGACCCACCUUCAUCCCGUCCUCCCGCAUUAACGACGGCAUAUGUGACUGCUGUGACACCACUGAUGAGUACAACAGUGGAGCCAAAUGUGAAAACACCUGCAGGGAAAUGGGCCGAAAGGAGAGGGAGGUUCUGCAGAAGAUGGCCGAGAUCACCAAAGAAGGUUUCCUCCUCAAACAGCAGCUCAUUCAGGAAGCCAAGAAAACCCAACAAGAAAAGCAGAAUAAGCUGACUGACCUGCAGAACAGUAAGAAGGAGUUGGAGGAGAAAGUGGAGGAGAUGAGGACCAUUAAAGAGACAGCAGAACAGCCAGAGAAGGAAGCCAAAGAGCGCCACCUUAAGGCCUGGGAGGAGCAAAAAGCAGUGAUCAGUGCAGAGAAGGACAAAGCUAAAAUGGCAGAAGCUUUUCUUGAGCUAGACGAUGAUGCGGAUGGAUUUGUUUCUGUUGCUGAGCUGCAGACACAUGCAGAGCUAGAUUCAAAUGCAGAUGGCACUUUUUCUGAGACAGAGGCCCAGGGGUUGCUAGGAGGAGCUGACCAGAUAGACACAGCAGCUUUUGAAAGUGUGUGGAACAACAUUAAGGACAAGUAUGUCUCAGAGUCUCAGCCUAAGGAGCCGCCGACGGUGGACACUCCAACAGAAGAAAGCAAGGAGCCCGUCGUGGAGAACGACUCCGAGCCAUACCCCGAUGACGACGACAUCCCGGAAGAAGAGGAAGAGGACGUUGACGAGGAAGAUGAUUAUCCAGAGGAAGACCUUGAUAAGGCUCCUUCCAGCGUCAAGACUCCAGAGAAGAUGGAGGAAGAAGACACUAUGCCACCUUACGAUGCUGAGACUCAAGCUUUAAUUGAUACCGCUCAGAAAGCCAGAGGUGACUUUGAAGAAUCGGAGAGAGCUCUGCGGGAAGUGGAAGAUCAGAUCAGGAACAUCGAGAAAGAGCUUUCUUUUGAUUUUGGGCCCAGUGCUGAGUUUGCUUACCUUUACAGCCAGUGCUACGAGCUCACCACUAGCGAAUAUAUCUACAGACUCUGUCCUUUUAACCGUGUUUCCCAGAAACCCAAGUACGGAGGCUCAGAGACGAAUCUUGGGACAUGGGGAACCUGGGCAGGGUCUGAGGACAAUAAGUACCUUGUGAUGAAGUAUGAGCAUGGUACAGGGUGCUGGCAGGGCCCUAACAGGUCCACCACAGUAAAGAUGACAUGUGGGAAAGAGACGACGGUCACAUCCACCUCAGAGCCAAGCCGCUGUGAGUACCUGAUGGAGUUCACCACGCCCGCUGUGUGCCAGGAGCUGCCCACCAUCGACCCUACCCUGCCUGAACAUGAUGAGUUCUAGUGCCCUGUGUUUUCAGCAUGUUCCAGGUCACAGCGUGGAGACUGCGUCUGGCUCAUCUCUGCCCCAAUCAACACUUUGGUGAAAAUUAGUUAAAGAUAAGGUGUUUUGUGGUUGUCUGUUUUUUGUUUGUUUUAUUUUUUUUUACUGAAAUUGGGUUUUGCUCACAUUCCAUCACAAAUAAAGUCGGAUUUUAAAUUCA